UGCUUUUAGUUGGAUACGUGCCGCGGUUUGAGUAAGAACGUUUUCCGCUUACUGAAUGUUGCGCGCAGGACCUUCUGCAUUUAUUUUACUGUGCACUUGAGCAAUAAUUAUUGUUGCGCCAUCAGCAAGAGUGACUGGCUGGCGAAAAAAUUGAAGUCAAUUGGUGCCCAACAGGAUCUGUGUGUCUAGAAGUUGUGAUCUUACAUUAGUUAUAAUCUAUUCUUCUGCUGGUGAUGUGUGAAGUGUCUCUGGAGAGAAGUAAUAUUUUGGCUUCGUGCACGGAUUGAUUGUUUCUUAUUUGAUGAAAAAGAGAAAAAUUGAAAGGGGUGGCUGUUAGGUUUUAUAUGUCUGAAGUGAAAAUAUCUGGAAAUAGGAAGCAAUGAAGUGUUUUUUCGUCUUUCAAAAAACGUGAUCUCUAACGCAAGUACCAUCAGAAACGCACAGUGUUGGCCACUAGAUAAAAUAAGCUGGAAAAAGUGCAAGCUUUACUGAAAAAAAAGGAGUGCAAAAAAUGUUUAUCGCAGUGCGAGGAAGUUGCGAAGGAAUUUACAAAUACAGCACAUAGCACUGCAGGCAGCCCUGCCCAGUGAACGAACAUCGCACGGACGUUAGACACACAAACGAGCAGCAAAUCGAAGUAGUGGUUCGUGUAAUCACCGCUGCCAGUCGUCCCAGCUAAGCAGCAGGCGAACAGGCGAUCGGAUUCGUAGUGUGCUGUUUUUUUUUUCUUAACUUACCCGAAGCAAAAAAAAGGAAACUCGCGCAAGAACAAACGAUAGCGGGGCCUCCAAUCCAAGUCACAUACAUACACGGGCGGAGAAAAUUGCCGAAGCGCAGCAACACACCUCAAUAGGAAACCCAUUCAAAUUUCAAUCCAUACUGGCCCCGGAAAGGAGGAAAAUGUAAAAUAGGAGAGAACUUUGUGGUUCUGAAUCGACUGAAGCAAACAAUUUAUAGUCAUUAGGAAGGACGUUGGUGUCGUAAUCGUACUACAGCUGCAAGAGAAACCUUAGUCUAAUCAUCAAAUCAUGUCGUCCCAAAGAUUCUGCCUGCGGUGGAACAAUCACCAGACCAAUUUGCUGUCCGUGUUUGAUCAGCUAUUACAUGCAGAAACCUUCACCGAUGUCACGCUGGCCGUCGAAGGCCAGUACCUAAAAGCACACAAGAUGGUUCUAUCGGCGUGCAGUCCCUACUUCCAGGCUAUAUUCGUAAGCCAUCCGGAGAAGGAUCCGAUUGUUAUCCUCAAGGAUGUACCAUUCAAAGACAUGAAAUGUCUGUUGGAUUUUAUGUACCGUGGUGAGGUUUCUGUUGACCAGGAUCGUCUUGCUGCUUUCCUACGGGUGGCAGAGAGUCUACGGAUAAAGGGCCUUACAGAAGUGAAUGAUGAUAAACCGCCCCCUCCGACUACAUCGUUGACCAGCAGUGGUCUGACGACAAACCAAAACCAAACCCAGCCUUCCCACCAGCAGCUUCAGCAGCAGUUAGCCGCGGCAGCGAAUCGGAACACGCAGCUGGCCGCUCUGCAACAGUCACAGCAGUUGCUGCAACAACAGAAGCAGAAAUCUGGCCAAAGUAUGCUGCUGACAAAUCCCCUACUCGGUUCGGCACUGUCACAGCAAAAACGAAAGCGUGGUCGACCGCGAAAACUGUCUGGUAGUGAUACGGGAGGUGACGGGGAAUGCGAUGGCUACGAAAGUGACAGUCUCGUACAGGGUUCGCCGGAACUCAUGGACACCAAAAUGGCUGGCGUUGACAGAAUGUCCAACUCUGGAGACGAGAACGCAAUCAGCCGGUCAGAAGAUCCAGACCAAGAGGAAUCAUUGAACCUGCAAAAUAGCCCACCUCACGUAGUGAACAACAAUAACAACAGCAUCAGCAAAAAUGCCAGUAGCAGCCCCGCCCCUUCCGGUCCCGCAGCGGCGACCAACACAAAAAAUACCACCACUACCACCACCACCACCAACAACAACAAUGCCUCUACCAACUCUACCAGCAACGCGAAGAGUUUGGCCAGUAGUCUUAAAAACGAAAAUAGCAUGUCAGAUUCCAAAGAUUCAUUCCCGGAAGACGAUACUUGCGGUGGCCCUAUGGACGAAGACGACGACGACGAUCAGGAUGACGAUUCGGACGAAGAUCGGGAGCUCAACUCGAGCUACAUGGAACCGCAGAUGUUACUGGACGAAUUCGACGAGCCAGUGGAAUUUAAGUACGACCCCAAAGGUUCGGACAGCGGAGCAGUAGAUUCCACGUCCAGCAGCUUCCCACCUCCACUGCAAGCCAAACCUGAUACACCAACUAGUAAUUCCAGUCGAAUGCCGCUGAUCAAUGUGGUUCCAACGAUGGCUCUUUUGAACACGCAGCUACCGAAACUGGCCCCACUUUCAUCCAAUGCUGCCGCAGCAGCAGCAGCAGCAGCAGCGGCCGCAUCAGCCGGAUUUCUCGGCACAAAAUCUUUACCAAAGCUUCAAAAACGUCCACGGUUGAUGGGUAAAUCACAGAACGGUAUUACCGCUACGCAGACCAUCUUAAACAAUUUGAAUAACAAUCUAAACGAUAGUUUGAUCUCGACUUCGACCAGCGGAUCGACAGCAGGUGCAAAUGCUAGUAUGCAAAUCUCCAAUGUCCUUUCCGGGCUGAAUACUUCGGAUUUAUUCGACAUGUACUCGAGUCAAGUGAUGAGCUCACCGACAACCAGGUCAUGUUCGAAUUCUCCUUCAACGAAAGGCGGUGGUUCUGGAGGAGAAGGAAGCAGUGGCCGUACGCACAAAUAUACGGUGAUUGAUGAUACCGAAGGAAGUGUGCGAGAUUUUUGUACCAAAGAGGGCGACCACGUGUACCGAUGUAAGGUUUGCUCGAGAGUCUAUACUCAUAUAAGCAACUUCUGUCGACACUAUGUAACAUCGCACAAGCGCAAUGUUAAGGUUUAUCCAUGCCCGUACUGUUUCAAGGAGUUUACGAGGAAAGACAAUAUGACGGCCCAUGUUAAAAUAAUCCACAAAGCCGAAUACGCCCAGCAAAAUCCCAACAGUGGUUCGGAUUCGGCGCCUCAUCUGAUGAAUACCAAUAGUAACAGCAGCACGAAUGGUGGUUCCACGACGCCAGUACCGACAACUUCAGCCAGCAGCUUUGCAAAUGCAGCAAUCAUCAAUGCCGUCGCAAAUGCUGUUGGUUUGCAGCCCAAAAAUGUUACCAAUUCCGGAUCCGGUAUCCGGAUAGUGUUCCCUCCGGUUGCCUCUUCAUCCACGACAUCAGCCGCUACAACAACCACCACUGCCGGUAGUGGUACCAUCAGUAUCAAGAAAGAGUUUCAGGAGAAACCUUCGUCCUCGUCGCCGGUCGAUGGUGGCUCGGUAUCAUCCAGCACUGUCACUUCACCGAGCUCGACGACGCUGGCCAACAGCAAUGCACCGGCAGCAGCAACCGUCAGUCAAUGAAAACAUGCAGGAAAUCCACCACAAACACACAUAAAAGAGGCUACUAACACUAAAGUAUAUCAGCUGUCGGACGGCACAAAAAACUCGGUUGAAGAAGACGACGGCCAGUGGAAGAGAGGAAAAGAUAGAAAGCGAGCUGCAAUAACUGUUUUUAUAUUUUAUGUUCUGUUGUUUAUUUAAUUAUUUUUUCGCUGACCGAGAUCGUUAAUCAUUCCUUUUAAAGGGUAUUUGUAAUUUUAAUAUAAUUUGGAAUUGUAUAGCAAGAAGCAAGCACAUGCGUUCUAAUUGGGCGCACCUACAGUAAGAUUGACAUCAGAAUAAGCAGAAGAAAAAAUUACUUUUCAUUGAAAAAGAAUAAAAGUGUCCUAAAAUUUACAUAAACAUUAGUGUAUCAAUUUUUUGGCUGAUUACCUUUAUAUUGUAAUAUUGUACUAUUAGUAGUAGGACAUUGCAAUCGCAAAAACAUGCAAAAAUCUAUACACAACCAGUACAUAUGCAACAACCAUUUCACGCAAGUCUUCCCAUUUUAUCGAUUGCGAGGUAAUUCGCGCGGAGUGAAACCUGACCUCCCUCGUUGAUUGAUUCGAAACAUUUAAAGAGUAUAAUCAAAAAAACAUAGUACAAUAAAAAUUAAAAUCAAAUAAUUAUUGCCUUAAGAAAGCAGAAAGAAAACAUAUUUAAAGUAUUCUUAUAGCCUGCAUCAAACCAGGGAACCGUUUAGCACCGUUGUUUUGAACUUUCACUGCACCUUUAUAACAAGCUGAACAGAGAUAAGAUGUUAAUUACUUUUACCAUUCAGAAACCGCUUACGUUUAUGUUUCCAACCUCGAUUAUUUACACCGCAUUGAAUAGUUGUUCACUUGGACCUACCCUCAAGUAAAUUUACAGCAUUUUAGCGUACGUACAAAAAUGGAAACGUUUCGAAUAACAAUGCUUCCUUUCAUUUUAUUAUCAAUCUUCAAAAAAAAGGUGUACGUUCCAUCCACAACUUAAUUUGCGUUUUAAAAAUUCUAAAUUUCUAUUAAAAUCUAACGUUAUGAAAGUAGUUUUUUCUACGUCCUUUCGAAAUAAUUUCGUUUCUUCCAGCAUACGCAAAACUUUUCUCCUUCGCGAAUGUUCAAGUGUGAUUCAAAACGACACUCUUCUUGUGUACAGUAAAGAACGUCUUUAUAAACACGGUUGUUUACAAAACUAACUAGCAGAAUAAAAAUGCUAAAUUCAUUUUGUUAUUUGCCUCCAAGGCCAUCCUCCUUUUAAUCGAAACAGAAAGAAUAAAACAAAAUCGUACUUCGGAACAUUACCGGCGGGAAGAGUGGCGAUCACGGAUGGUAGACAUCGCGUGUGUCCCUUCCUCGACCGGUGUGUGUAUGUGUGCGUGUCACAUGGCGGCAGAAGCAUAACAAAAUUCUGUGAUUAUUUUACUAUUAAAGUGUACCACUUUUUUUUUGUUCGUUUUAGUUUUGUUGUUCUAAUUAAAUCUCCACCUUCGUUUCAAAAGCUGUUCUCUUUCGAAAUUUUGGAUACCUUGUGUAGAUUUGUCACAAUCGAAACAAACGAUUGAAAAAGUAAGGAAAGAUGUGAAAAAAAUUUAAGUCUGAGAUAGUAAUUUUACGGAAAGUAAAUAAGGAGUCCCCGCAAAUUGGUUCACAACAUAGAGAGAAAAUCUAUUGUAUUGGGAUUUUAACCAGGUUAGGAAUAUCAGCGAUAAUAUGUCUAACUUAAGGGCAGUAGGAACAUACAGUAGAACGUAAUAUUUAUAUAUUAUCAAAUAGUAAAAAAAGGCUAGUUUGUUUUUGGUGUAAAAAUCAAACCGAUGUCUUGAAGAAAACAAACAAGAAACAAAUAUUUAAACAGGAAACCAUUUUAGCCGCCUAAGGAAUUUUUAAUUACUAUCGUGUUUUAAGUAUUUGUUGUAUCUUUUUGUUUAUUAUUUUUCCUAUAACUAGUUAGUUCACGUGUACAUAUUUAAUCAAAUUGGAGUAGCCGCUAACGGUAAAAGUACUGCAAUAUUUUUAUAUAAAUUGCUCUAAUUUUUGCGAGCACCGAUCCUCACACCUCCGCACUAAUCAGUUAAUUUUAACCUAAUAAACGUUAUGCAAAGGUAGAUAGUGCAAUUUUAUGGUUAAGAUUUUCUCCGCAGCCGUUUUUUAUUGUUUUCGCAGAUUCUAAUGAAUGGCUUAUAGGUAAAUUUUCAGCUAUCAAAAGGCUGUUUAAAUUUUAAAUUUAGGAAAGAAAAAAAAGUUAUAACAUAUAACGCACACUUGGCACCCGGCUUCACAUUUGACCGUUAGUAUAAUAAUUUGUUCCAGAUGUUUAACAAAUACUUUGUUCGGUCGCUAGAAUCAAACAGCGGUGAAAUAAACUAAAAAAUCGGAAAAGUAAUUACUAUGUUUUAAUCCUAGCCUAAUAAAUAAUCAUUUUGCAUUCUUUAUUAAAUAUACUAUAAAAUAUAUUUUAUUAAUAAUUAUAAUAAUAUAUAUCACGCAAAUACACACAAACAUAUAUUUAAACAAGAAGGAGUAAGCAUAUAGAAGGAAAAAGCAAACUUUAAUAAAGUGAAACAUGUACAUGUAAAA